AUGGUGUUCUCGUCGCUUUCGUCGUCGCCGUCGCAGUCGCCGAAUGACGGUUUUCGCACGCCGUCGCCUGUGUCGCCUCAAAGGGCGCCGGUCGCCGUCGCGUCGUCGGCAGAGGGUGCCGUGCGAUCGUCAUCGCGGGCGGAGUCGCGCGGAAAAGACGGCGGCGGCAGCUCCCGCCUCUCGUGGCGCUCGCUGUCGCCCAUCCGCGGAUCGCGCUCGUCGACAAGGCCUCCGCUCAGCCAGCGCGCGGCGGACAAGCUGCGCGCGGAGCAGCGCCUCGCGGCGGUGCUUGCGCUCAUUCCGACGCGCCUCGCCGCGUCAGGGUCUCUCUCGCGCGGCUCGCUGCACAUGGCGCAAGGCGUGCGCGGGAGCACCCAAGACGCGGCGGUCCUAUGGGAGCGCUUCGGCGGUCGCCCGGACAGCGCGCUGUGCGCCGUGUUCGACGGGCACGGCCCGUUCGGCCGCGUCGUCUCCUCCUACGCCGCCGCCACCCUCCCGCCGCUCCUCCUCGAUUCCCACCUCCUCGCGCGCGCCGCCGCCGCCGACGCCGCCGCUGGCACUGCGGACGCCUCGGGCGGAAGCCCAGUGGGAGGAAGCGCGGGGGGGGCGGUGCCCGGCGCGGGGGAUAGGGCGGCGUGGCGCGCGAAGAUGCACGACGUGUUCGCCAGCGUGGAGCGCGACGUGCGCGUUCACCCGCACAUCAACCCGCUCAACAGCGGCAGCACCGCUGUGGUGGCCGUGGUGCAGAACCCUCGCUUCCUCCCUCCCUCUUGCUCUCUCACAUGCUUCCCCUCACUCUCCCCAUUCCUCUCCCCCUUCCUCUUCCCCUUCCUCUCCCCCUUCCUCUCCCCCUUCCUCUCCCCCUUCCUCUCCCCCUUCCUCUCCCCCUUCCUCUCCCCCUUUCUCUCCCCCUUCCUCUCCCCCUUCCUCUCCCCCUUCCUCUCCCCCUUCCUCUCCCCCUUCCUCUCCCCCUUCUUCUCCCCUCUCCUUCCCCCCUUCCCCCCACCUUCUCCCCCCCAGGGGCGGGAUCUGGUGGUGGCGUGGGUGGGGGACAGCCGCUGUGUCGUGGGCCUUGUCUCUCCCCCCACUCCCCUUGCUGGCGGAGCCAGCGCACACGGGGGGCGCGAGGGACAUGGGGUAGACAGCAAUGGGGGCGCUGGUGGCUACAGGGGUGGUGGUGGCGGUGAUGACGUGGAGGUGGAAGCGCUACAGCUCACCACCGACCACAAGCCCGCGCAUCCUGGUGAGUUUGGAGAUGUCUCAUCUCAGCACCCAAGUGCGGGUGCGCACCGCGCACCUGGUGAGUUUGGAUGCGCACUGCACACCUCUUGUGCCACCAGCUUGUAUCACGUACGUGAGUGCGCACCUGGUGGGUGCGGUGAUGUGCUGUGCUGGUGGUGGCGCUGGUCGCGGCGAUCUGGACUGGAGGUAGCAGCGUUGCAGUGUGGCAUGGCUGCGCUACAGCUCACCACAGACCACAAGCCCGCGCAUCGUGAGGAGCGGUUUCGGAUAGUGGUCGCGGGGGGCCGAGUGCACGCCAUCCCGGGGGAUCCCGAGGGGGUGGAGCGCGCAUGGCUGCCGCAUGAGGAGGCGCCCGGCAUCGCCAUGUCGCGCUGCCUCGGCUCUGCUCUCAUGCGCUCGCACGGGGUGACUGCUGACCCGGACGUGCGGUUUCUCAGACUCGGCCCGCAGCACCGCUUCAUGGUCCUGGCCACUGAUGGGGUGUGGGACGUGCUAUCUAACGAAGCCGUGGUGGCUAUAAUUGCCAGCUCGCCCUCUCCCCAGGAGGCAGCAGCAGCCGUGGUGCGAGCAGCGGAGCUGCAGUGGCACAUGCGCCCGCCCCCCCUCAGCACCGAUGACAUUACUGCUGUAGUUUACUUCUUCCAUCACCCCUCUGCUGCUGAGGGUGCUGCUGCUGCUGCUGCUGCUGGUACUGCUGCUGCUGCUGCUGCUGCUGCAGCUUCUGUUGCUGCUGCGUCACCAUCAGCAUUAGCCCCAAGAGCUUCCUCCCCCUCUCCUUCCACCUCCUCUGCCGCCGGUGUCCCUUCUCCCUUGCUCCCGCUCCACGCCACGUCCCUUUCCCGCCGAUUCGUUUCAGCUGCGGCGUCUGCUCCUGCCUCUUCCAGAGUAGCACCCCUCCAUGCCUCUCCCUCACCUGCUCCUGCUCCUGCUCCUGCUCCUGCUUCUGCCUUAGCUGCUGCUGCUUCGGCAGCGGUGCUUCCCUCCUCCCCCUCCCCAUGCCGACUGGAUCCCAUGGAGAGAAGCGUCACUUGCUAA